AAGUCCAAAAGUAAAUGAUGCCUAUCAAACUUUAUAGUUAAUUGAUUCCCUAGCACUUGAAAUGUUUGUGCAAAUUUAACAGCCAGCAGAGGAUAGUCCACUACUAUCUUUCAUCAAAGAACUCGAAGCUACAAAAACAAGACAUCGUAUAUAUUUGUAAAUGUCUCUGCAAUUUUAAUUUGCUUUUCGUUAUAGAGCCAAAGGAGAACAUAUGGCAAUAAUGAGUUGUUUCGAGCUUCCAGUGCAGCAGCCAAAUAGGGAUAUGUCAGUGCAAGAAUUCAAGGUGUGGAUUACGCAAUUCGACAUGGAUCAUGACAAGCGUAUUAGCCGCGAAGAACUAACUGAGGCACUUCAGAAUCUACACAUAUGGUUCAGCUCAUGGAAGGCUCGUCAAGUUAUGAAAACUGCUGAUACUGACCAUACAGGUUUUAUUGAUAACAAAAAAGAAGUGGAGAAACUGAUAGCCUCACCAAGGGAUAAAACGCUUUUUAUCAAGAAAACUUCAUUUGGAGGGCUCGAAUGAAACUCAAACCUCUAAUUAAGGGUUGAGGGAUCCUAACCAUCGUAUCAUAGUUCUCGUGGUUGAUGUGAUGUUGUUAUCUAUGUAGCGUUGUUGCUCGUUAUGUACAUCAAUAAAGUGACAAAUUGUAAUAGUUAACUCACACGGUUAUUGUCAC